CUAGGAACUGUAAAAUCGAAUUAUGAAAAUUUUCAAACAAUCCCAACUCCAAAUAAAAAGCAAAAAAAUAAAAAUAAAUAAAUAAAAGUGUAAAUUCGAAUCAUGUGAAAAUUUUCAACUGAUCCCACCACCAAGUCAAAACCUGUCAGCUUCAGUUAUUAAAACAGUCACGGAUUGCAGGUUAAAGAAAACCUACCCACAAACAUGAAUGCAAGCACGGAAAAUUAAACUAAAAAAAAAAAAAAAGAAAGAAAGAAAAUUUCCAACUUGCAGUUCGUCAUCAAUCCACCGCCGCUGCAUUUUAGUUCAUCAGCACCGUCAAAACUCAUGAAUUAAGCCACCUCUCUUCAUUUUGUUACAGCAGUUGUUAAAUUCUGACCUCUCCUUCACUGUAAUGAAAUUUGAGGAACUGCUGAUGCUGAAGGAAGAAGAGCGCAAUCAGAAGAAACUCCAGCUCGAAGCUGAGGUGGCUCAGCUGCAAGAAAUUCUUGAGAAUGAACAGAAAUUGAAUGCAGUUCUCCAUCGUGCACUUCACGGGUCAUUUGUGUGUCAUUCAUGUCUUUCCUCUUCUUCUUCUUCGGUUUCUCUUCAGGUACAAAUUCUCGUUGCAGAGAUAGCGAAGGUAGAAGAAGAAGUCAUCUAUUUACAGAAAAAAGUAGAAGAAACGAAGCAAACUCUCCAUCAAGAAAGGAAAAACAAGAAAGAAUUUUUACUGCAGUGGGAACAGAAGCUGCAAACACACCAUGUAAGCGAAUUAGGAAGCCAUGGAUUCACUGAAUCUUCAACAAAUAUGAAAACAAUUGAUCAAAUUCCAGUCGGUACUGAAAGGAAAACUUCUCUGGAGUUGGCCGCAGAAGCAAAAAGUUUGCAUUAUAGAAAGUCUUCUGAAAAUGAAGCUGAUCAAAAGACAGAAAACUCGAAACAACAGCACAGAAUCCAACGAUUGAUAAGCGAAGAAACUUACAGAGGAGAAGAAAACAAGCUAUCAGAGCAGCUAAUCAAAAUAAUGGUUAGCAUUUUCAAGAAACUGGUUGUGCCGCAAAUUCAUAUAGAAAGUGAAGCCUCCACGGCUACAAAGCUGAACAUCUCCUGCAUAAGACCAUCUAAUAGCAGAGAUUCUGCGACCUUUAUAGGCACACAAAUACAAGAUCCAUACUGUAUUCUAUCAGAAGGUGAUAUAGGACCAUAUAAGAAAUUCCUACACCUCACCAGAGGCACUUUAAAUCUCAAUCGCAUCGUCUUGUGUCUUCCAGCCAUUGAAAAACUAAGGGCGUUAAUACAAAAGCUUUCAGUGGUGGAUUUGCAACUUUUAAGUUAUAAACAAAGGCUAGCAUUCUGGAUCAAUAUAUACAAUGCCAGUAUAAUGAAUGCAUUUCUUCAACAUGGUUUUCCAACAUCAUCUGACAAACUACUUGAACUAUUGAACAAGGCUGCAUUCAAUGUUGGUGGCAUAGUGCUUAAUGCCCUGGCUAUUGAGCAUUUCAUUCUUCGGCACUCUUCUCAUAUUAAAAAUGGAAUUGUGGAUGAAAAAGAGGCGCAUCUCAGACGCACCUAUGGACUCGGUUACCCACAACCCAACAUCACUUUCGCACUCUGUAGAGGCAGCUUCUCUUCACCUGCGCUGAGAGUGUACACUGCAGAGAAUGUGGUAAAUGAGCUAGAGAGAGCCAAAAUAGAAUUUCUAGAAGCUUCCAUCUGCAUUACGAGCAAGAAGAAGAUGGUGAUCCCGAAGCUUCUGGAAUGGCACAUGCUUGAUUUUGCGGACGAUAUCGAAUCGCUUAUAGAAUGGAUAUAUAGCCAGCUGCCCAGAUCCAGGCCCCUCAAAACAUUAAUGAUGCAAUGGCUGAGUUCCAAUACUAGAAUUUGUGCGUCAAAAUUGGUAGAAAUUAGGCCUUAUAAUGCAGAGUUUCGUUAUCUGUUCUCUGAUUAUUGAAUGUCUGGUAAAUAGUUUUAUGUGCGAUGGCAGUUUUAGCUAUGUAGUAGAAGAGCUGGCACGGCCCAUUUAAAAAACCUGUUUAACUAUGCUUCGAAAGCUGUUACGCAAUAAACAAGCCCAAUGGCUGCGGGCAACAACUGUAAUUGUCGGUUAAAAAGAGUUGCCAAAGUUGUCAUGAGAGUAUAAUGAUUUCGACUGUUUUUUGCGUUUAAGAGAACUUGGGAGAGAAAUUGAGCAGCCAACUUUCAUAAAACCUUAAAAGAGAUUUGAGGCCGCGUCAGCUGC